AUGAUACCCGCCGCUACUCCCACGCACCCGGUUGUGCGUGGGUUUCAGACCAACACACAGUCUAUCUCUUGCGACGAGGAUUCGGAGCAUGGCAUCAGGACCACAAAGUCCAACGGGACCGCGACCACGUCAACGCUUCCUCCGAGGACCCCACAGCGAGGACGGCAACCUCGCACUGCCGUCAUCAACGACAUUGUCAGCGCCAACUGCAGCCCGGUUCUCAAGGCCGUCCCCUCGCCCGGCAUGAGCGGCAUCGCAAUGCUGCGCUCGAAAAUGGAGCCUCUUAGCCUCGACAUCGCUGCUACCCCGUCGAGGGCGAGCUCCAUGUCCCGCAGCAAUAGUCGCAUCACUUCGCCCUUUCCUUUCCCCAUGGGACCGCCUCCUGCUGCUACUCCUAUGAGUAGGCGCACCAGCAUCCUUAGCAAUGUCACCAGCCGAGCCCAGAGCCGUGAGCGUCCUGGCAGCAGCCGUGGUAGCACCAGCGGUGACGACACGGCCUCCGUGGCGACCACCAGUUACGAGAUCGACUUUGUGGACGAUUUCUACAGCGCAGAGACCUCUGAGGAAGUUGUCAAGGCUUUCGCGGAGCCAAAGGCUGGCUCCCCUCUCUACAGCGACGGAGUCGAGGGAGGCCUCGUCAAAGAACAGCGUGGAAAGAUUACGGCAGACGAGUUUGAGCAAGUUCGCUGUCUCGGCAAGGGUGCCUACGGCACGGUUAUCUUGGUCAAACAGCGCAGCACUGGCCGUCUGUUUGCUCAGAAGCAGCUCAAGAAGGCUUCUUUGACCGUGUCCAAGAAGUACGUACAGCAGGCCAAGACUGAACGCCAGGUGCUGGAGACCGUGAACCGUCACCCUUUCGUAGUCAAGCUGUUUUACGCCUUCCAGGAUCACGAGAAGCUGUACCUCAUCCUCGAGUACGGCCAGGGCGGUGAGCUCUUCCACCAUCUUGAUACGGAGAAGCUCUUCAGCGAGGACGUGGCGGCCUUUUACAUGGCCGAAAUGGUACUCGCGCUCUUCCAUCUGCAUCAGGAUCUAGGCGUCGUUUACCGGGAUCUCAAGCCUGAGAACUGCCUGCUUGACACUGAGGGCCACCUCUUGCUUACCGAUUUCGGCCUCUCCAAGGUUGCGGUAGAUGAGGACGACCACUGCAAUUCGUUCCUCGGCACCAUCGAGUACAUGGCGCCUGAAAUCAUCCUGGGAAAGAAGUACAGCAAGGCAGUCGACUGGUGGGCGCUGGGAGCUCUUGGACACGACCUGAUGACGGGCAACCCGCCAUUCCGUGGAGCCAACCACGCCAAGAUCCAAGACAACAUUGUUAAGCAGAAGCUGAUGCUGCCGUAUUUCAUGUCUUCGGACGCCAAGGAUUUGCUCACACGUCUGUUGCGCAAAGACCCUGCCAAGCGCCUGGGCAGCCAGAUGCCCAAGGACCUAAACUUGAUCAAGAAGCACCGCUUCUUCCGCAAGAUCGAUUGGGUCAAGCUCUCCAAGCGCGAGAUGGAACCGCCCAUCCGCCCACUAAUCACGGAUCCUGAGCUCGCCGAGAACUUUGCACCCGAGUUCACUGAGUUGUCGCUGUCUCCUGUUGUCACGACUAAGGAACCCGCAGCUUGGGUCGGAGAAAGAGUUGCUGUCCCAUCAACCGAGGCGCUUUCGCCUGACUCGGCCAGCCGCCCUGGUGCGAUCCCGUUCACUGCGGCGAAGACAAUGACUUCUCCCGAAGAUCCAUUUGGUGGUUUCAGCUACAUGGCUCCGAGUAGCCUGUUGGAGAGGAGUGGGUUCAUGACCGCCGCGCACUAG